AUGGCGUAUCGGAGAAGACAAGGGAUCACGAGAGCUUCCACAUUCAAGGAAGAUAUCUAUAAUCAACCACCUGAUCACGAUCACGGUGAUCUCAAAGGUCACUCCAAUGGUGGAUCCUUCAGAUCUUCUCAAUCGUUCUCUUCUCAUUCCUCCCUUGCUGCUCAAGCAAUCCGCGCUUCCUCUUCUCUUAACCCCGAUUCCAGUUCUCAGGUACGAGGAUUCACCGCUUAUGAGGAUAGGAACGAGAGUCGCGGAUUCUGGGGAAUUCUAGCACAGAAAGCGAAAUCAAUCCUCGAGGACGAAGAAGAGCAACAGCAGCAGCAACAAAACGUCGUCGUUUCCGAGACCUCGAAUAAUCCGACGAUACGCAAAAGCAUAGACAAAAUCACGACGUCGUUGAAUCAGAUCGGAGACAGUUUCGAGAAAGCAUUCGAGGAGGGCCGUACGAUCGUAGCUUCUCAGAUCAGGCGAAAAGGAUCCGAUCUAAUCGAUUCCGAGAGUAAUCAUCAAUCCUCUGGAUCAAACAGUCCAUGGCA